AAGGCAUUGAAACACAUUUAAAAAGUGCAGACAAAAAUGGAAAGAAGAAAAAGUAACCACAAGAAGAGGAGGAGGAGCAGGUCAUUGACUCCCUCUUCAGAUGAAAUUAGUCGUCCAAACAGGAGAAAGCAUGAGAGAGACGACUUUCUAUAUAGUAAAAACCACCAUUUGGACACCCCAAAAGCAAGAAAAGUGCCAACUAAGCCUAGUCGUUCAAGACCACUCGAUUUUUCAUUUCAUAAAUAUAAAUAUGAACUAAACAAAGUAUUCUGUCGAGACUCUGAUCUUGUUCAAGAUAUUGACGAUUUUUGGCUGUUUGUAGAGAAGUAUGAAAAUAUUAAAAAGAGAGCUGCAGAAAAGCAAAGAGGUGGUCCUGCACAAUCCUCAGUUGAAAAAUCAAAUUUUGAUAAAUCCAGUCUAAUCAACCUAGUCUUGACAACUAAAGUAGAAGAGUUGGAGGGAAGACUUCCUCCUCACCAUGACGACCCAUUGACAAAACAAGACCUCUUGGAUUUUCGAUCGAUUCUUCUUUCCUACCUUGAUUUCAAGCAGAAAGAGAAGUUCAACAAGUUACGGAAGCUGAGAGAGACUCAAGCAAACUUGCCCGUGUUCAACCAUAAACAGGAGAUCGUGGAGGCAGCAGCUCAAGAGAGGGUAGUGAUUGUUGCUGGAGACACGGGAUGUGGAAAGUCCACCCAGGUACCUCAGUAUCUUAUGGAGGCUGGAUACAAACGAAUAGCUUGCACACAGCCUCGCCGCAUUGCAUGCAUCUCCCUAUGCAAGCGAGUUGCAUUUGAAACUCUUUCGGAGUACAAAAGCAAGGUUGGAUAUCAAAUUCGCUUUGAGAGAAGUCGAAACCAGGAUACAAGAAUUGUUUUCAUUACCGAAGGACUGCUAUUGAGACAGGCUGCAGGUGAAGGACAUCUAUCAGAGUAUGACGUCCUAGUGCUGGAUGAGGUCCAUGAGCGUCACCUCCACGGAGACUUCCUGCUGGGAGUGGUCAAAUGCUUACUGCUCCAGCGGCCAACUCUCAAAGUUAUACUCAUGUCUGCCACAAUCAACAUCAAACUCUUCAGUGAUUACUUUGGAGAUAACACUCGUGUUAUCCAGGUUCCUGGAAGAUUACAUCCAAUUAAACUUCACUAUCGACCAAUCAUUGUGGAGGAACGUGCAUCCAAGUCUGAGAGAUUGAACCCUGGACCAUACGUUCAAAUCAUGCAGCUUAUUGAUGAGAAGUACCCUAAGGACGAGAGAGGAGAUUUGCUGAUUUUCCUGCCUGGGAUGAGUGAGAUAACAGCUGUUGUGGAUGCAGCCAAACAGUACAAUGAGAAGACCCAGGGCUGGAUCAUCCUGCCACUACACAGCACUCUGUCUAUAUCUGAUCAGGAUAAGGUGUUUGACUAUGCGCCUGAAGGUAUCCGCAAGUGUAUCGUGUCUACUAACAUAGCAGAAACAUCAGUGACUAUUGACGGUGUCCGCUUUGUCGUGGACUCUGGCAAGGUGAAGGAGAUGAGUUACGAUGCAGUUUGCAAGAUGCAGCGACUCAAAGAGUUCUGGAUCAGCAAGGCCAGUGCGGAGCAGCGCAAGGGACGAGCUGGCAGGACUGGGCCUGGAGUAUGUUACCGCUUGUAUUCAGAGGAAGACUAUGCUGCAAUGUCAGCCUACACAACUCCCGAGAUUCAGCGAGUUCCACUAGACUCUCUACUGCUACAAAUGAUUUCUAUGGGUCUUCCUGAUGCUAGAAAGUUCCCUUUCAUCGAACCACCACCCACUGACACCAUCGAGACAGCUAUUCUAUCACUGAAGCAACAUGGAGCUCUGACCAGUGAAGAGAAGCUUACAACGGUAGGUCAACUAUUAUCUGCUCUACCCGUUGACAUACCUCUAGGUAAGAUGUUGAUCAUGGGCUCACUGUUCCACCAAGUAGAGCCUGUACUGUCAUUGGCUGCUGUUCUGUCCGUCCAGACACCCUUCACACAUCGGGCCUACAGAGACAUCGAUUGUCAGACUCUACGCAAACAGCUAGAGUCAGACCAUGGAGACCCAAUCACAUUGUUGAACGUGUUCCGAGAGUGGCUGGAGGUUAAGCGGGGGGAGAGAGCAGCAUCACGGAGUUGGUGUCGUAAGAGAGGUCUGGAGGAGCAGCGGUUCUAUGAGGCCACCAAGCUGCGGGCGCAGUUCAAGGAUUUGUUACAGGACUGUGGUCUACUGAAAGCCAGUGAGCGUCCGAGUGCCAGUCUGUCGAGUGCUGAGCGCACACUGAGGCAUGGUGAGGUUAAGCUGCUUAAGUCUCUAAAGCGCUCGAUACAAGAUGCAGCCCCUCGCACUAGACGCACACUCAAGCCGGACUCCUGGACCAUUGCUGAAGACGAGGACAAAGCUGCGGUUGAUUUACGAGAUAUUGACUUCCGUCUUCGCAACGACAACUCACAGAUUCAGGAUCUGCUACAAGGGUCAAGCGCCUGCAGUUACAAAGACCUGGCUAUGCUGAAGCUCAUCCUCACCAGUGGUUUCUACCCUCAGUUGGCUGUGGCUGAUGAGUUUAACCACUGCAAGACAGUAAGUGAGCAGUUGUUCCACUGCCAGACUAAGCCGUUUGUCUCACUGCACCCUCUGAGCAUGUUUGGCAACAACUCCUCUGUUCUACAACUGGAGGAUGGUGAUAUUGUGCCAGGACCAGGGAAACACCCUCUCAGUCACCGACAUCAGCUACUCUGUUACAUGUCUUUGCUUGAGACUACAAAGGCUUUUCUGGUGAACACCCUGAGGAUGCCAGCCGUCCAGACUCUGCUUAUCUUCUGUCACGAUCUUUACACCAACAUUGAUUUGACAAGAGUGGUGUGUGACAACUGGCUGGAGGUGAGGUUCCCAGCCCCAGAUGUGGCUCAGGCCUUAGUAAAGAGAGUAGUGCGGGCAAGGACGCACUGGGACAACCUACUCAACAUGCGGUUCAAAGAUGAAGACUGUGGCAGCCUAGAGAAGGAAUUGACAGAGGAUUUGGUUCACCUGAUGAAUAGUCAGGUGGUGUACAGCAUGCGUCGUCUGUUAGCAGCUGAUCUCAAACAGCUGUUUGUGGGUGUGGGUCACAACACUGCAUCAGGUUCCAACCCCCUCAGUCCUGGAGAAGAAGUCACCAACCACCCUAAGUUGGGUGGAGUUGUUCUAACUCCGUAUCUCACAUACAACUGCUUGGUUGAUGAUUUCAUGUUGGAAACUUGGACCUGUGACAAGUGUGAGCUUACAGCAGCUCUUAGCUUCCUAGAGAAAGAGCAGCACUUGAUGGAAUGUCAACCUACUACUCAGAGUUCUGAAAACAAAGAAGUUGAAGAGUUUUCAGCUCCCAAACCCAACAGUAUUCCGUACAACUGUCCGGAGUGUGAUAGAACCUUGCAUCUCACCCCAGUAGAAGUGUUGAAGCACAAACGUUCUCAUGUUAAAUCUUAACAUCACAUUGUAUAGAUGGAUAAGUUACAGUGUGGCCUGUUUUAUUGUCUUAAUGACAAGUUAGUUCAUUGUCUAACUAUCCUGUCUACAACUGUGGUAUAUUGAUUACCAGAUAGACUUUAAUUUUAAAAAUUCUAUCAAAUUCUAACUUUUAGAUUAUUAACUAAAUAUAAAAAAAAAUAAAUAAAAUUGUUGUACGGUGGCUUCAUAGUAGCCCAAUUGAGUACCAGAGUGUCUUUAAUACUUUUUUCGUUUUAAUAAGAUUUGAUUUUGUUCCAUUUUAAUUUUCUUGUAUAAAUUGUAAAAAACACUUUUCCUCCAAUUAUUGAUUUUAUUUUUUUGUGUUCUUUAGUUUUGUCUCAGACCAUGCAAGCCAUAAACAAACAGUAAGAAUUUAAAAAAGUUCUAGUAAAGUUUUUAUGUAAAAAGAGUAUGUACAUAGUUUUUAACUCACCGUGUAUAUACAUAUUUACAUUAAAUAAACUUGUAUAUAACAAUAAAAUAGUGUUGUUAAAAAGUUUCAAAGAGUAAAAUUAAUUCAGUUUACCUGUGUAAUAGGUAAAGUAUUCUUUUAUGACAAAAUUGUUAAGAGAAGGGUGAAGGCACCGAUUAAGCUUGAGUUUCCUCUUGUAUCAGACACAGAAAAUUUGGCUAUUAAAUGUAAAGAAUAGUUUAAAAGUCUUGUCGGUAUUGUCACCUACUCCCUAAUGAUAAAACUUAAUACUGUACUAAUACUCCAUAUUUGUCAUAUUGUGUCAAAAAUUCAAGGGGUGCCCUUAUGGUUGUCCAUCAAGUUCUUAGGCACCCACCGAGCAAACACUUUCUUUUAAGCAAGAUGAUCUGUCACUAUCUCAUGUAGGAGUGGUGGUGAAAUUUGUGGAAAAGUGUCAUGUAAAGUCGUCAAAAUAAAAUAUUGAUUUAUUGAUUUACUCAACGGUUUCUUCAACUUUUUGCUUCAGUUCAUCUGUGACUAGUCAUGGCCUCCCGCACUGAUA